AUGCAUGCUUCCAGAUCUAAGCGCAGCCGCAUUUCCAGAAGAAGGUAUGGUGAUAAUGAUUACAGAGGAGGAGAGGAUUAUAAAAAGAGGAGUAGUAGUGAUGAUGUCGAUGAUGAUUAUCUUGAUGAUCUGGGUUCCGCAACUUGCAGCCACGUUCCUUUAACGGCGCGUGGUCACCGUCGUACCCUCCCCCAACUUUGUGUUCUGAUUAGAUUUAUCCACUCCGAUCACACCGAUGAUGAGGAUGGCGGUGCCACCGCCGCGCCGGCCACCGCUUCUACUUCUACCACUAGGUUCCAUGUCCAUGAUAUUCACCAGAUUCAAAACGACAAGCAGGUCGCCGAGGACGAUGAAACGUCCACCGUCGUACUUACCUCCAAUCUACGCCAUACACAGGGCGGAGAGAACCUAGAUAUAAAGGAUGACAGUGUAUCAUGUUCAAGCUUGAAAAGCGAAGAAGAAAGUACAGAUGACAAUGAGGAUUCAUCAUCACCUGAAUUAUUUUUACACCCUUGUCAGUAUUUCCAGUUAGCCACAGUAGCUUUUCUCAAAUGUUUCGGCCUAGAUUCUACGCCUGACCCUUCUUCAACCUGUAGGCGUAGGAAAAGAAAAGAAAGUUGAUAAUGAAAAUUAUGCUCCGUUAAUUCAAUUA